GUGGGUUUCGACCGAUAAUCCAAAGACAUGCUGGGAGGUAAAUUGGUUUCUGGGGAUAUUGGCAGUAGGAGUAAGCGUGUGUCCGUGUCUGCCCCACGAAGGAAAUGAACCCUGCCUUGUGCCUGCUGCCUGCUGGGAUAGACUCCGGCUCCUCCGCCAGCCUGUUCUGGAUAAGGCGGUUAGAAAACCGACGGAAUCAUCCAACAUCGAUGAGCGAUACAAGAGAGUCGAAAAGAGCCAAUCGCCUCACCUCCUGGCGCUGGCCUGGCAGAGAAGACUCAGCCUUGUGAAUCACCCCCCGGGCUCCCCCAGGACAAGACAGAGCCCAGCCCAGAUCCAGACCCCGCCGUGUCUGUACAGGGUACGACUCGACUCCAGCUCCCCCCUUGGCGAACAAAGAGGCAGACCUCGCCUCCAGGGGGGGGGGCUGCAUGCCGCGGCCGAAUUUACCUAAGCAAAUCGCCGCCUAUCCUUCCGGCAACCUGCCUGCGCUGCACGGGCUCAGAGCCGAGAGCUACAACAGCAGCCGCCUGCUCAGGGAGGGAGAGGAGAAACUUCAAUUCCCCUGACCAUGUCCCAAGGGCCUCGGAGCGAGACGAGGAUCGUGCUGCUGGGGAGAGCGGGAUCCGGGAAGAGCGCCACGGGAAACACCAUCCUGGGAGCAGCCGCGUUCGCACCCGGGACAGCCACGCAGAGCUGCGCCAGAGCCGAGCGGCGCGUGGGCGGGCGGCAGGUGGUGGUGAUCGACACCCCCGGCUCCGUGCUCGAGGGCGAGGGCAGGGGGCCCGAGGCGCGGAGGUGCGUCUCUCUGGGCGCCCCGGGGCCCCACGCCUACCUGCUGGUGAUCGACCCCGGCCGGCUCACGGCCGAGGACGAGGCGGCGGCGGCCCGGGUGCGGCACGUUUUCGGGGAGGCGUCCGAGAGACGCACCAUCGCGCUGCUGACGCACGGGGACCGGCUGACGGAGCGGCGCCAGCAGGAGGCGCUGGAGGGCCAGCGGGUUUGGCGGGAGAUCCUGCAGAGGUUCGGCCGCCACUACCACGUCUUCAAUAACGGGGACCCCGGCGACGGCCGACAGGUCGGGGAGCUGCUGGACAAGAUCGACCGCUUGGGCGAGGAGGGCGGGACGUGCCGCCGGGCGGAGGAGGGCGAGGGCGUCCCGCGCAGGAGGGGGGGCGCGAUCCGCGGCACCGAGAGGAGGUCGGCGCCCCAGCGCGGCGCGGCGGAGGAGGAGAAGCCGCCCGCCCCGACGGGGGGGCGCUGGUUCGGCCCCCUGCGGGAGGAGGAGUGGGCCCUGCUGGGCCUGGCGGUGGUCACGGUGGGCGUGGUGGCUGGAGCGGUGGGCGUCGCCACCGCCAUGGCGUAAACGGGGCUACGGCGUGCCCAUCAGUCCCUGUGACAGGCCACGCCCUAGCGGCCCUGGAUCUGAAACCUUCGCUCGUGAUCAGUGGUUAAAACCACCAGUUCAAGUUCAAGUUCACGUUUAUUUGUCAUAUACAAAUAUACAAGUACACAGUGCAACAAAAUAUCCUUCCCCCUGGUCCAUGGUGCAAAGACAGACAGGACACUGACAUAGACAUUGUAGACAGGAUACACGUAGUGCAAAGUGCAAAUUUCAAGGCAAUACAUGAUACAAUCUACACAACACUGUUACAGAGUCUGGUGGAGCUGGCCCGCAUACUGCGUUAUCUUUUCCCAGGUGGUAGGAGGGCAAAGAGUUUAUGGGAGGGGUGGGAAGGGUCUUCUACUAAACUGGAGGCCCUGUGUCUGCAGCGUUUGUGACAGGUGACAGAAAUGGAAGAGGGGGAGGCUCCAAAGAUCUUUUAAGCUGUUUCCACAAUUCGUCGCAGGGUCUGGCAACAACCAACCGGGUUCAUCCUUUCGCAUGCGCGCCCAGAUUAUUGUCAUCCAUUUUCUAACUGCCUUAUCCAGUACAGGGACGUAGGGGAGCAGGAUUCUAUCCCAGCAAGGGCCAGGCACAAGCCAGGGUACACCCUGGAGGGAACGGUAGUCCAUCGCAGGGCAGACAGACACACACACAGGCACAGACACGGAUACACGUUCACACCAGGGCCAGUUUGUCCAGGAACCAGUUAACCUGCCAGCAUGUGUUUGGCCUGUGGGGGGAAACAAGAGCGCUAACAGUAGAGCAAUACAAACUCCACACAGAUAGAACCCCCAGAAUCGAACCCAGGGCUAACCCCCACUCCGCCAUGAAAAAAAUGAUUUUCUUUGGGUAGCAGCUUGGUUCACUGCAUAUCUCUCUUACUCCCCUCCCACUCUCCCUGUCCCUCCCUUUCAGCCCUGCUGCGAUUAAAGGGCUCUGCCUUCCUUUUGAUCAGGAAUCAAAGCUUAAUCAGAUGAGCAGUGGGGCCCAAGGUCCAACUGUGGCUUCACCACACCCUGCCACUGUAAAUCCUGGAAGUUCUGUUCAGUUCGCACCCUGACCAGGCUCUUUGCUAAUGAGAUCUGAUAAGAUCGUGCCAUAAGAGGUGCCAGAGGAUGGUAGGUUCAGAGAAGAUGGCAGAUCCUGUCAGAACUACAUUCCCCACGAGGGCGGCUGGUGAAGUUCCACAGCCUUCUGGGGAAUGUAGUUCAGCACGUGAUCUGCCAUCUUAUUCCAACCUCCCACAGGGGACAACACUGCUGUCAAAUUCCAUUACUGCUGUCAAAUUCCUGCUGUGAAAAUAUUCUGGAAAAAAAAUCAAAUCCAGCUUUAGAAAUUGAGUGAUGGUUUUUUUUUUCUAUCAGUACGUUAUGAAUUUGUGUUUUAUUUACCUGUAAUGAAAGUUCAGGUUGGCAGGAGUCUCACUGCCUUCUGGUCCAGGGAAUUCUCCUUUUGGAGGGACAUUUAUUUUUCAUUUCUGUUGUUUCUGACAAUGAUGUGAA